CAUUUAGAGAUGCGUUACUUUAUUUUCGAGGUCCAGGGCUGAACCGAAAAAGAAAUACGAGGAAGGGGCGGAGUGCUGGCACUUUAUUUGCCUGAGAAACGAGAAGCUGCUGUAAGUAUGAGUCAAGACACCGCUGAGGUAAAGGGACGAGAGGCCGCAGCCGUGGACCCACCGACGAGACACCGGGAGGGCGGCGGCAAGGGGGGAACAGCUGCACAUGCAGGAUGCUGUCACCUAACGGCUAGAGGGGUCGUUGCUGUAACAACGGUUACCCUGGUCACAGGACUCCUUUCAUCCUUACUUUUAUGCGUCAUGUGGACGGCUGCACCAGACAUGGAUCGGACCUCCAGAGAUUCAGGAAAGGAGCAGUUGCAGAUGUGUCAAAAGGAGCUCCAAGAUCUGACCCUGAUGCUACACUCCGUCACUAAAGACCCCAGGUGCAGCUUGUGUCCUGGCGGCUGGCUCUGGUGGAUGGGUCACUGCUACUUCUUCUCAGUCGGGCUGCAGGAAAAUCGUCAGUGGAACGAGAGCUCCGAGUUCUGCCAGGAGCACAACAGCAGCCUGGCUAUCAUCAAGGACUCUGCAGAGAUGGAUUUCAUUCAAGGGGUGAUGAAAAACUUCUCCCAGUUUCCUUUCCUGUGGGUGGGGCUGACAGACAGCAAGCAAGAAGGUCAGUGGCGGUGGUUGGACGGGACGGACAUCCAGCACUACAUGCCACUGGCGGUGGACUGGGACGCUGAUCACAGGGACUGCGCCGACCUGAGGGGAGGCGGGAGUCUGCUGGCGGCCGACUGUGAGGAGUACACCUCCUGGGUUUGCAAGAAGGAGUCCUGACAGGCAGACGCACACUGAUCCUCGCUCAUUUUGCAUUUUACUGCAUAUUUAAAACAACGUGCUGCAAGACACCACCUCCAACUGAAUUCAAAGGUCUACUUCAAUUCACUCCUGAUGGAUGAGGCUGUUUGCGAUGUGACACGUUUCUAAAGCGCUUCUGUGUUUAUAGAUGCUGUAGCUGUUUUGCUAUUUGCGGGAAGUCAUUUGCGAUGAAAAACAAGUCAAAGAGAAGUGAGAAAGGAGAUGUCAUCAACUUAUUUGUGUGAAACGUUUAUUCCGUGCAUAUCUGAGGCAUGCACGCAAACACUUGUGUCUACAUGAACAUAUAUAUACAAAUACACAGAAUACAUUUCUGUCUGUGUAUUGAUUUUGUGCAACUUUUCCUUUAGGCUCCAAUCUCUUAAAAUAAAUGCUCUUAUAGCGCCUC